AUGACCGGCAUUGGUAAAUCGACACUUGCCAAGAUUAUCUUCAACCAACAAUAUCCUCGCUUUGGGAAAUACUGCAGCUUUCUUGAUGACAUAAGCAAAAUGGCAAAAACCAAGGGCUUAGUCAAGCUGCAAAAACAAUUAUUGUCCAAUAUGUCUGAUUCUAGAGUGGCUUGGAAUAUUGAAAAUAUUGAUUAUGGGAUCGAUAUGAUUGGAGAAACAAUUUGCAACAAGCAAGUACUAAUUGUUUUGGAUGAUGUCGAUGAUGUCAACCAAAUCCAAGAACUAAUCGGAAUGAAGUCUUUGUGUCCCGGCACUAGGAUACUUGUUACCACUAGGGACAAAAGGGUUUUGAAAAUUAGGGGAUUUAAGUAUGAAAUCGUGCCUUAUGAAAUGGAGGGGUUGAGUUACAAAGACGCACUUCAACUUUUUAGUAGGCAUGCCUUUGAUAGCUACCCUCCUCCAGACAAUUACGACGCUCUUUCAAAAGGCAUUGUCUCUACUGCGGGUGGACUACCUUUAGCUCUUGAAGCAAUAGGUUCGUCGCUUUUUCUUCAGAAAGAGCAAAAGAUAUGGGAAGAGAAGCUAGAGCAGCUAAGGAAAACACCAAAUAGGGAUGUCUUGGGAAAGCUAAGGAUUAGCUAUGAUGCCUUAGAAACGGAUCAACAACAGAUAUUUAUCGAUAUUGCAUGCUCUUUGAUCGGUAAGAAGAAGGCUGAUGCAAUCAAACGGUGGAGAGAUCAUGGGCUUAGCCCAGAGGAUGCUAUUGAUGUCCUUAUUAGCAGGUGCAUGAUAAAGGUUACAAAUGAUCAUAGGUUUUCGAUGCAUGUCCAGUUUAAAGAUUUUGGAAAGGCAAUUGCUCAUCAAGAGCGCGAAUCAAAAUCAACAAAGGUAAAGUAUGACCAAAUUUGA